AUGAUCAGUCGGCAAGACACUCAACGGGCAGUGGCGAUUCUGACCAGGUACCAAACCACGCUGAGGGCUCCAGAGGAGCAGCAGUUGAAAGCCUCUAUCGGAAAGGUCUCGCACAUCUUCCGAAGUGACCUCUUUCAGGCCCUGCUGGAUAUUCAGGAGUUCUAUAAGCUGAGCUUACUUUCUGCACACCCGCAGCAUCAGAUCCCAGAUCCAGGCCCCCGUAUAUCUGAGAAUCAGCAUGAUGCCGGAGAGCUGGGCUCACCUGAUAGCCCUGGAGAUCCCCAACGUACUCUGGAGGACGCUCCUCUGGAUACUGAGCAGAGACCGGCUCAAGGGGCCCAGGGAAGCAGCGUGCUGGGGCAGCAGCCACAGCUGGUGAGAGUGACUGUGAGCAGCCUGGAGUCGCCAGCCAGUGUUUGCAGCCUGGUGGUUCGUGCCCACAGCACCCUACCCAAGGCUAACCCUGCUCCCAUUAUCGUGAACACGGACUCCUUGGAACCAGGGAUCUCUGUAAACGGCAGUGAUGGCAUGUUUAAGUAUGAGGAGAUUGUCCUGGAAAGGGGUAACUCUGGCCUUGGCUUCAGCAUUGCAGGGGGAAUUGAUAAUCCCCAUGUUCCUGAUGAUCCAGGGAUUUUUAUCACGAAAAUCAUCCCUGGUGGAGCUGCAGCGAUGGAUGGCCGCCUAGGGGUGAACGACUGCGUCCUGCGGGUAAAUGAAGUGGAUGUCUCUGAGGUGGUGCACAGCAAGGCAGUGGAGGCGCUGAAGGAAGCAGGCCCGGUGGUUCGACUUGUGGUGCGUCGGAGGCAGCCCCCACCUGAGACUAUCCUGGAAGUUAACCUGAUGAAAGGACCCAAAGGACUAGGCUUCAGCAUCGCGGGUGGAAUCGGAAACCAGCACAUCCCAGGAGACAACAGCAUCUACAUCACCAAGAUCAUCGAGGGAGGGGCUGCCCAGAAGGAUGGCCGGCUGCAGAUCGGGGACCGGCUGCUGGCGGUGAAUAACACGAACCUGCAGGACGUGCGGCACGAGGAGGCGGUGGCCUCUCUGAAGAACACCUCCGACAUGGUGUACCUGAAAGUGGCCAAGCCUGGCAACGUCCACCUCAACGACAUGUACGCGCCCCCCGACUAUGCCAGCACCUUCUCAGCCUUGGCCGAUAACCACAUAAGCCAUAACACCAGUCUGGGUUACCUCGGCAGUGUUGAGAACAAACCCACUUACCCAGCCCCCCCACAGGCAACCCCAUCUAGAUACUCGCCCAUCCCUCGACAUAUGAUUGGGGAGGAAGACUUCACCAGAGAGCCCCGGAAAAUCAUCCUGCACAAAGGCUCCACUGGACUGGGCUUCAACAUCGUUGGGGGAGAGGAUGGAGAGGGGAUCUUCGUCUCCUUCAUCUUGGCUGGUGGCCCUGCCGACCUCAGUGGGGAGCUGCGGAGAGGAGACCGCAUCUUGUCGGUAAAUGGUGCAAAUCUACGGAAUGCAACUCACGAGCAGGCGGCAGCAGCUCUGAAACGGGCAGGGCAGACAGUGACCAUCAUCGCUCAGUACAGACCUGAAGAGUACAGCCGCUUCGAAUCCAAAAUCCACGACUUAAGAGAACAGAUGAUGAACAGCAGCAUGAGCUCUGGGUCGGGCUCUCUCCGGACAAGCGAGAAGAGAUCUCUCUAUGUCCGAGCCCUGUUUGACUAUGACAGGACCCGGGACAGCUGCCUGCCAAGCCAGGGGCUCAGCUUCUCCUAUGGGGACAUUCUGCACGUUAUCAAUGCCUCCGACGACGAGUGGUGGCAGGCGAGACUAGUGACGCCCCACGGAGAAAGUGAGCAGAUUGGGGUCAUCCCCAGCAAAAAAAGGGUGGAAAAGAAGGAGCGUGCAAGAUUGAAAACAGUGAAGUUCCACGCCCGGACUGGGAUGAUUGAGUCCAACAGGUCGAUCAAAACGAAACGUAAAAAGAGUUUCCGCCUCUCCCGAAAGUUUCCAUUUUACAAGAGCAAAGAGAACCUGGCCCAGGAGAGCAGCGGACAGGAACAGGGCGUGACAUCAAACACCAGUGACAGCGAGAGCAGUUCCAAAGGACAAGAGGACACUAUCCUGUCAUAUGAACCAGUGACACGGCAAGAAAUUCACUAUGCGAGGCCAGUGAUCAUCCUGGGGCCAAUGAAAGACCGUGUCAACGAUGACCUCAUCUCCGAGUUUCCACACAAGUUUGGCUCCUGCGUGCCACACACUACCAGGCCUCGGCGUGAGAAUGAGGUGGAUGGGCAGGACUAUCACUUUGUCGUAUCCCGAGAGCAGAUGGAGAAAGAUAUUCAGGACAACAAGUUCAUCGAGGCUGGGCAGUUCAAUGACAAUCUCUAUGGGACCAGCAUCCAGUCGGUGCGGGCAGUUGCAGAGAGAGGGAAGCACUGUAUCCUGGACGUGUCUGGCAACGCCAUCAAGAGGUUGCAACAAGCACAACUUUACCCUAUUGCCAUUUUCAUCAAGCCAAAAUCCAUUGAAGCUCUCAUGGAGAUGAACCGGAGACAGACGUAUGAACAAGCCAACAAGGUCUUUGACAAAGCCAUGAAAUUGGAGCAGGAGUUUGGAGAGUAUUUUACAGCCAUUGUACAAGGAGACUCUCUGGAAGAGAUAUACAACAAAAUCAAACAGAUCAUUGAGGACCAGUCUGGGCACUACAUCUGGGUCCCAUCCCCUGAGAAACUCUGAAGACUUCCCCCAUCAACUUCCUUGUGAGCAGAUGUCUGAAAUCCCUCCCUCACCUAUGCCCCAAGGGGGUGGACA